AUGGAUACUCGCACCAACGAGGAGGAGUCGGAAAACUUCUGGUGGGCGGUAUGCGAGUACUCACCCGAUGACAAUAUUAUUGUGACAGGCGGCGGGCAUGACUAUGGGCUGAAAGUCUGGGAUGCCAACACAGGCGAAUUGCUUAAAACACUUCAGAUCGGAAUUGCUAUAGGGUGUCUGGCAUGGGCCUCGGAUACAAAGCUUAUCGCUCGCUGCGGAUCCUUUGCAAAUCGGCUCAAGAAAUUCGACGUCCCCGCCUGGACUGAAACUGCUGUUCUGGAACAAAAUUGUAUUGGAGACGAACCUAAUGGUUUUACUAGCAUUGCGCUAUCUCUGAAUGAGCGGAUCCUCGCAAGUAAUACCGUCAAAAAGCCUUCAUUAGAGGCUUAUACCACCCGACAACGAGACCCGCCAGUCAAAGACGCUCGUCGAAUACCCCGAGGAUUCUUUGACGAUGCCCGAGAUUUUGAUACAUCACACGGCGUCGCAUAUCACGAGCGACGUGAUCAUCACACCUUAUCAACACCCCAAUUUCUCCUUGGUCGCUUAACCUCCUUAUGGCGCCGCCCCGAUUCAAGCGGGGAAACUGAACGCGAGACCAUAUCUCGACCCCAUCCUCUCAAUUGGGCUCAAUCCUCGUCUCUGGCAUUCGAGGUUCCAUGCACAAGGGGCAAGCCCAGGAACUAUCACGCAAGAAAGAAGAAGCCAUCUGCCAGCUCGUCCCAACCUCUCAAUCCUCAUAGUACACAGCAACCUGGUACAGCAACCCAGACCUCAUCAUCGCAGGGACCAUCUACCAUUGCCACGACAUCCGAAGCACCUCCCGUGGCCUACACCAUAUUGGCGACUGGAACGACGUCACGACGCAAUAUCCCCGUAACCCAGGCUGGAUACUGGAUUCGUUUCUUGCUUUGGAUUGGUUGUGCGUCUGUUGAGUACACAGACGGUCUACAUUAG